CUCCUCACACCCGGAAUGGUCGUGAGAGGCGCACUCUCGUGAUGCCCAUGACAUGCCAACUGAGCCCGGUGCUGGCUGGCAGCGCUGUGAUGAUCGGCUUCGGGCUGUUUAGUGUGCUGUCUUCCAGCCCCUCAAACUAUGGCAAACAGGCCAACAGCCUGUUGCCCUUGGACACCCGGUUGCCAGCCCGCAUAGCCUGGUUCCUCCAGGAACUCCCCUCUUUCCUGGUGCCCGCUGGUCUGAUUGCCUGGCAGCCCCAACCACAUUUCGGCUUGCCGGGGACCUUACUGCUUGGCCUCUUCUGCGCUCACUACUUCCACAGGACAUUCAUUUACAGCCUUCUCACCAGAGGAAGUCCUUUACCACUCAAAAUACUUUUUCCAGGCCUUAUUUUCUGUACCGUGAAUGGCUUCCUUCAAGGACACUAUUUAAUUUACUGUGCUGAAUACCCUGAUGAAUGGUUCACUGAUGUCCGAUUUACUUUAGGUAUCUUUUUAUUUUUCUUGGGAAUGACGAUCAAUAUUCACAGUGAUUAUUUACUACGCCACCUCAGAAAGCCUGGAGAAACCUCCUAUAAGAUUCCACAAGGAGGACUGUUCACUUACAUAUCUGGAGCCAACUACUUUGGUGAAAUUGUGGAAUGGAUUGGCUAUGCCAUGGCAACCUGGUCAUUACCAGGUUUGGCCUUUGCCUUUUUCUCACUAUGUUUUCUUGGAAGACGAGCUCAUGCGCAUCACAGGUUCUAUCUCAAGAAGUUUCAGGACUACCCUAAGUCUCGGAAAGCCAUCAUUCCUUUCAUAUUUUAAAAUCCCAGAUGAUAGACAAGAAUGGAAAACUUUAAAGCUGCUGAAUUUGAUAACUGAGUUUCCCUAUAAAUAAUAAAGUUAACUAUGAUGAUGAAAA